AUGAACUCGCCGAACAGGCAGUACAGUGAGGAACUCGCUGAACAGCCUGUACAGCCAGGACCUAACCGAACAGCCUGCAUAAUCAGGAACUCGCCGAGCAGGCAGCAUAUUGAAGAACUCACUGAACAGCCUGUAGAGCCAGGAACUCACCGAACAUCCUGCACAAUCAGGAACUCACCGAACAGGCAGCUCAAUGAGGAACUCGCUGGACAGCCUGUAGAGCCAGGAACUAACCGAACAGCCUGCAUAAUCAGGAACUCGCCGAACAGGCAGCAUGACGAAGAACUCACUGAACAGCCUGUAGAGCCAGGAACUCACCGAACAUCCUGCACAGUCAGGCACUUGCCGAACAGGCAGCUCAGUGAGGAACUCGCUGGACAGCCUGUAGAGCCAGGAACUCGCCGAACAGCAUGCACAAUCAGGAACUCACCGAACAUCCUGCACAAUCAGGCACUCGCCGAACAGGCAGCUCAUACUGCUGCUGCUGGUGCUAAUACUGGUACUGCUGCUGCUGGUGCUAAUACUGGUACUGCUGCUGCUGGUGCUAAUACUGGUACUGCUGCUGCUGGUGCUAAUACUGGUACUGCUGCUGCUGGUGCUAAUACUGGUACUGCUGCUGCUGGUGCUAAUACUGGUACUGCUGCUGCUGGUGCUAAUACUAGUACUGCUGCUGCUGAUUCUGGUACUGGUACUACUGCUGCUGGUGCUAAUACUGGUACUACUGCUGCUGCUGAUACUGGUACUGCUGCUGCUGGUGCUAAUACUAGUACUGAUACUGGUAAUGGUACUGCUGCUAAUACUAGUACUGAUACUGGUAAUGGUACUGCUGCUAAUACUAGUACUGAUACUGGUAAUGGUACUGCUGCUAAUACUGGUACUGAUACUGGUAAUGGUACUAGUGCUGCUGCUGCUGAUACUGGUACUGGUGCUGCUGCUAAUACUAGUACUGAUACUGGUGCUGUUGCUGUGACUCAUAUUGUUCCCUUACUAUAG